GCAGAGGUAGCGCGGACACGCCGUGAACACGAGUGUCAUGGAAAGUCUAAGAGGGGCACUUGUUCCAGGGCUGCCUGGACAAUGAAGAAUCGGCUGCCAGCCCCUGUCUCGCCCCCCAGCCCAUGCCAGGGGCGGCUGCCGGCACAUGAAUAGCAGGACUGUUCCAGCAGCUGCGCCCUGGCUCCAGAGGCUCCAGGAGCACAGAGCGCUCCGCUCCGGCUGCUCCGGAGACAGAGACCUGGGGACGCAAGGAUGGCCUCGGAGAGGGACAGCACCAACCCUCAUGGCAUGAACCCUCACCUCCGGAUCAACGGGCCGAUGAACAUCAACCACUACGCGACCAAGAAGAGCGUGGCAGAGAGCAUGCUGGACGUGGCGCUGUUCAUGGCCAACGUCACCCAGCUCAAAGCUGUGCUGGAGCAGGGGACGUCCUUCCAGUACUACGCCACCCUCAUCGUGCUCAUCAGCAUCUCCCUCUUCUUCCAGGUGAUGAUUGGGAUUCUCCUUAUCAUCACUGCUCGUCUGAACCUGAAUGAUAUUGCAAAGCAACCCCGCCUGAAUAUACUCAACAACGCUGCCACAACUCUCAUCUUCAUCACAGUCAUCCUCAACAUCUUCAUCACAGCCUUCGGGGUGCAGAAGACAGGCCUCUACCCUGGCAGGAAUUUUGGACCUUAUUAACUCAUGGGGCAAUGGACUCAGGAUCUGAGCAGUGCAGCUCUCCUCCAUGUUUCCACUGACCUCAGCAGGAGCCCAUGGACGAAUUCAGAAAACUGGGUUAAACUUCAAAACUCUGUGUGUAUCAUAGCAUACUGGCCCCUUGCUGUAAUGCUUUUGCAGUUCUGAGGGGUAGGAAUAUUGUCUUUCCAACCUAGAGCAAACUUUGCAAGAGAAAAGUGCAGGAACAGCAGCAGGUAUACAUUUUGAAAGUGCAGUUCUGUAAAUCUUUUCUUAUUUUAGCUGCCUGCUUCACGUAUAUUAGCUCAUUUGGUAGAGAAGACUGAAUGAAUUAGUUUGUAGACUA